UUUUCUGCAAAUUUGGUCUAAUUAACAAGUGAGUUUUUAGUUAGCAUCAGUCACUGUAAAGUAGUAAUCAGCAGUUCUCUCACAAAUGUUUUUUUUAGAAGUUACUAUGUUAAAAGUUGUGAUUAUUCAGGCUUCACAGAUCACUGAAGCAAACAACAGGCCUCUGAGGUUCUGCACUCUAGACCUCGUUAUCAUCACAUUCACUUCAAGACAUUUACUUUCAAGGAACGAGUUUAAAUAUCAAAGUAGACAACAGUUUUGAUCUAAAACACAGAAUGCAAUCUUUGCCUAUAUAAAAUGGCUGUGUGUUUGUGUGGGUUUAUUUUCGCCAUAAAUAUGCCAACAUAAAGAUGCAUGCAAAUGACCAUUUUACGCUCUUCAUUCUUAAUGAACUGCUUUUAAGUCCCUACAUGUCCGCUGGUUGGUCUAUGACCUAAGAGCACGUACAUCGGGAGCUGAAAGGCUUCAGACCGCAUGUCCCUUUGUGUGUUUUAACCUCUGGGUCAGUAUAGCUGAUUGCUGUUGUGCUGUCAGUCAUUAUAUAUGUGUGAUCUCUCUUUACUCUGCUAGAGACCCUCAGGAGUAGAUUGUCACUGCCACAAGAUUAAUGACACUCAUCUGUUUGCUUUAAAACCAUAUGCUGUCUAGAGAUGAAAUAGCCUGUGGAUUUCUGUGUAAGAUGUGUGAUUUAAUGCGGAGAACUUAAGUCAAGUUAAAUAAGAAAGUUCAACUUCAUUUCACAGACUAAAAUACAAGUUUGAGCUGUCAGAAAGCAACUUGCACUGACAUAUCAGUUCAAAUAUUAAAAUAUGUAAGUACCAUUGUUUUGUCUCAAGAUGUCUCACACCAGUUUUUCUAAAGGUACGUUUAGAAAACCUUCUUAAAUGUGCUAAUUUUACUAAAGCCUAAUCCUGGUUUAAUCUAAACCCUGUCUGUGAAACCUGGGCUUCAUAUUCCAGAUUGUAAUUCUAUUUAAAGAGCUUGUUUACCGCAUGUUUCACAGAUGAAGUCUCAUGUUAAUUCAGACUGGAAAUAAGUUACUUGUGAAAACACUAGUCUAAUGUCCGUCGCAGAAUGAAUUUGUCAAUGCUAUAUGUAACUAAACACUGAUGGAAACAAGCACUAGAGCAUGUUAAUGUCCUCAGAGAAUGUGUUCAGCCUUAAUGAUUAACCUCUGAGGUCAAUGUGUCUCACUGCGUCUUAAAAUGCCUGGGGCAGGUGCGAGAUAUUUCAAAAAUGUGGGCGACAUUAGACUCGACUCCAUAGUCAUCAGUUAUAAGGCCUUCUGCUGGAUUUUGUAUUGUAAUUUUUUUUUUUAAAUGUAGGUACUUGCAACUGAAGCCAGAGGGCUUUAUGCAAAUGGAUAUAUCAGUGACUCUGGUGCAUUCAGUAAACUGAAUAAUGCAUGAAAUAAAUGCGUUUGGAUGAUUAGAAUUCAUACAGUAGGUUGUAGUUCUCCAGAAUAUGAGCCUUUGCUAUAAUUAAUGGACUAAUAUGUUAAACCAUCCAUCACAUACAAUUCUGUCCUGUUGGUUUGGCAUUUGUGAUUAAUAUGACUGAAUUUUGUGGGUUAUCUUAUAGCUGUAGGCGUCAAUCUUAGAUCUUUUUAUAAAUUACUUUUUGAACAAAACAAGAUGAUCAAUCUACAUGCAUAAUCUGCAUAAAAUAAUUUCAGUGUUCUUUUUAUGCUCAUCAUAUUCCAGUCAACAUUCAUUGGCCUCUUGCCAUGGAGAUAUGGUUCCUCUUUAUCAUGCUUAAACUCUAGAUGCUAAUGAGUAUUUGCCCAAUCCAUGCCAAUAGUUAUAAUAUUGAGGUGCUUAACAAAAUAUAAAUGUGGACAAUUAGAGGAAGUCAAAUGUUCGGAGACUUUACCAUAUCUUUUACUGUUUAUUUUAGGUGUCACUAUCAGUGUUUUAAACAUGGCGGCAGAUCUGGCUUUAGUCACUGUUCUUGUUCAGCUUCUUGUUGAUUUGGUGGCAAGUGACAACAUUGACUUCUACAAUCUCAUGCCUGCUGUAGAAGCCACCCCGUUUCCCAAGAGUUUCAAGUGCUUCACCUGUGAACAGGCCUCAGACAACUACAGCUGUAACCGCUGGGCAGAAGAUGUGUGGUGCCCUCAGAAUACCCAUUACUGUAUGACGAUACAUCACUUCUACCAUCAUGGGAAGACAAAGUUUGUUACCAAAAGAUGUGCAAUGCAUGAAGAAUGCCAGUUAGCCGGCUGUAGACAUCACAAAAAUACACACCAUGAGUGUGUAUCUUGCUGUGAAGGGAUGGUUUGUAACGUAGAGCUGCCGACCAAUCACAGUAAUGCUGUGUUUUCUCCGAGACAGACCCACAGCUCAGCAGCACCAACUUUCAGGAACUGGGAUACUGUGAUCCUGCUUAUCCCGGCUCUCACUGGUCUGUUACCGUUGUGAUCCUCAGUCAUGAGAACUUGUUUGGUGAUGAACAACACUACAAGUGAAAGAAGCCAAAAAGACAUCAUCCACACUGGAAUAUUAAUACAGUCAGAUGGAUGUUUCCAUUAAGUUCACAGUAUCAUGCUGGAGAAAGCUACCUGUUGGCAUUCCCAUCCAUCUCAAUGGCAGGAUGUUGCAGGACUCCCUGGAAGAACAUGAUUUGAAAUCUGUGACUCAUCUGCCUGUAGUGGCACCACAAGAAGAAGAUGAUUUGGACUAUUUUUAUGCUUUCUGACAUUGAUAAAUCUAUUAUAAUAUAAUUCAAUAUUUGUGACUUAUAUGUUGCUCAUAAACAUUUUUAUUCUGUCAGAAAACACUAAUACAUUUUAAUGACCAUCAGUGGAUGCAUUUUGCAGCCAUAUGUUGGUUACAGCCAUAGUUACAGCAUCAACCAGUAGGGGUUAACUAACUGGAAAGUGCUAAACAGCAAAACCCAACUCUUUAGUGGA